CCCUAGUCUGCACAUUGGUAACUCUGCUCCUCUCCUCUCUACUCCAGCACAUCAGCCAACAGCCGCACCGCCGCCAUGUCCAUCAAGAUGAGUAAAGUCACCUACCGCACCAGCAGUGCAGCGCCCCGCGCAGGCGGCUUCAGCAGCUACUCGUACAGCGGAGCCCCGGCCGGCAGCAGGGUCAGCUCCGCGUCCUUCAGCCUGGGCUCCAGCUAUGGAGGAGGAUCCAGGUUUGGCAGCGGCUACAGGAGUGCCUAUGGGGGCGCAGGUGCAGGCUCAGCUGGCAUCACCCAGGUCAGCGUUAACCAGAGCCUGCUGGCCCCCCUCAACCUGGAGAUCGACCCCAACAUCCAGCAAGUGAGGACCCAGGAGAAGGAGCAGAUCAAGACCCUCAACAACAAAUUCGCUUCAUUCAUUGAUAAGGUACGAUUCCUAGAACAACAGAACAAGAUGCUUGAAACUAAAUGGGGCCUUCUCCAGAACCAAAAGACAACUCGCAGUAACAUGGACAGCAUGUUCGAAGCCUACAUCAACAACCUGCGGCGUCAGCUGGACACUCUGGGCCAGGAGAAGUAUCGCUUGGAAUCUGAGCUUGGAAACAUGCAGGGUCUAGUGGAGGACUUCAAGAACAAAUAUGAAGAUGAGAUCAACAAACGCACCGAAAUGGAGAAUGAAUUUGUCCUGUUGAAGAAGGAUGUAGAUGAGGCGUACAUGAACAAGGUGCAGCUGGAGGCCAGACUGGAGGGGUUAACGGAUGAGAUUAACUUCCUGCGCCAUCUUUAUGAGGAGGAACUUCGUGAGCUUCAGGCUCAGAUCUCCGACACUUCCGUUGUUUUGUCUAUGGACAACAACCGUAGCCUUGACCUGGACGGCAUUAUUGCUGAAGUGAAGGCUCAGUAUGAAGAUAUCGCCAACAAGAGCCGCGCUGAGGUGGAGAGCAUGUAUCAGAUUAAGUACCAGGAACUCCAAGCAUCUGCUGGACGCCAUGGGGAUGACCUGAAAAACACCAAGACCGAGAUUAGUGAGCUCAACCGUUACAUCACAAGGCUGCAGUCCGAAAUUGAUGCUCUCAAGGCACAGCGUGCGAACCUUGAAGCACAGAUUGCAGAGGCAGAAGAACGUGGAGAAUUAGCACUGAAGGAUGCCCGUGGAAAACUGUCCGAACUUGAGGCUGCUCUACAGAAAGCCAAGCAGGACAUGGCUCGCCAACUGAGAGAAUACCAGGAGCUGAUGAAUGUCAAACUGGCUCUGGAUAUUGAGAUCGCCACCUACAGGAAACUGCUGGAAGGAGAAGAGAGCAGGUUGGAAUCAGGCUUUCAGAACCUCAGUAUUCAGACCAAGACUACUGGCUACUCAGGAGUUAGUAGCUCCUAUGGCGGUAGCGGACUGUCCAGUGGAUUCGGUGGAGGAAUUGGUGGCGGAUAUGGAGGCAGUUACGUGUAUUCCAGCAGCUCCUCCCCAUUGGAAACAUCUAGAACCAAGCGCAGCAUAGUAGUGAAGACAGUUGAGACCAAAGACGGAAGAGUACUGUCUGAAUCUUCAGAUAUCUUCACAAAACCAUGAGCUCCUUCUUCACAGAAGCACAAUGCUGUCCCACGGCCAGGACUCUUUCACAGAUGAGCCUUCUCCAAGGCAGAAAUCAGGACUGCUGGGGUAGAAGUUCUAAAAUAAAAUAAAAAUAAAAAAAGCUAAAACUUAACAUGGACAGUUUUAAUUCUGGAAAUUGCUGCCCCAGCUGGUGCCAUAAGAAGUGGCGAUAAAUGGUGCUCUCCCAAAUCUUAAUGUUUACCUUUGUCUGUAGGUGGGAGCAUAGGAGGGAAUAGACAUAUAUGAAUUACAUAUUUUUGUUACUCCUAAGCACAUAUCCCCAGCAACUUGUACUGAUUCCCUCCCAGCAGGCUCAACUUAAGGUGGGCUUGGAUUUCAGUGGGUUCAGCCGCGUCUUCUCAGUCUUUCUUUCUUUUCUCUGCUUUCUGUGCAAUCCUUACAAUAAACUUUUUGCAAAACGAGAGCUAAGUAAACCCUCUUGCAAUGUGCCUUAUCAUCCGUCCUUGCAGGGUGGAUACUGGAAGUACAUGUCCUGUCAUGCACCCUUCAAAAAAAAUAUGUUAAUAAACAUUCAUUUGUUUUUAAAAACUC